AUGCGACACCUAUUUAUAUUAAUUCUCCUUAUACGUAUAUCCUUCGAAAAAGAGUCGCCAUGCAAUCCCUUCUAUGUUCGGUGGCCUCGAGUUCGGCUAAAUUUCAAGCCAGUCGCUAACGCACGGCUGUCACUUCGUGCAUGUGAGAAUGCAUGCUCGCUCGGUGAAGACCCACAAAUGCCAGGCCGAUUAUUGGAAUGUGCUGCUUUGAACCACCACCCGUCGCCUGAUGGUUAUGCCCAUCAUUGUGACGUCUUUCAACCACAUCAGCUUCAAAAUGUGGAUGGCUACGUGGAAGCAGACGAUCGCUACUCUUUCUACUGGAAGUAUUGCCUCAACACAACACGUAAAUGUGGAGGAGAGUACGCCUUUACCUAUCAUUCUGACCGCUAUAUGGACGCACGAGAUGUAACUCGAGUAGUUAAGAAAGGCAGUUUAGAAGAGUGCCUCGUCGAAUGCCUUGAUGAGAAAACUGUUCCGUGUCGCUCGAUUUCAUUCAAUCGGACAGAUGGUGGAUGUCACGUAUCAGCGGAUAGUCA